UUUAUAUUAAUCAAUACUUUCUUUGAAUAUGGCCUGAAAUUCCUUUUGUUCUGUGUGGAAUUUGUUGAUUCCUAAAACGCAGUUAAUCUGGGGGGUAGCAGAAUAAAGAGAAAGGUGGUGUGUUUAAAAAUAGUAGGUAUAAAAUGCCUUUUACGGAAAAUGUGGUUCCAUCUAGUCUGUCGAAACAGCUGAUUGUCCCGUGUGGCAUUCGAGGGGCGUGGCCACGUGAAAGGCUCGAAGGGUGGGGAUACGUCAAACGGGCAACGUCACGUCAGCUGUUUUGUUUCAUUGUGUUUUCAGCGUCGAGAUUUCUCAGCUGUUUUGUGUUUUGGAUCGCGAAAUCGAGGAGGAAAAUAAUGUCUGAAACGGAGGCUGCCACUUCGAGCAGCGAGCACAUGCCCGAAUCCAUGGACAGCAACGAGAAGAUGGAAGAAUUCGCCGAGCCCGACGUCAAACGUCGUAAAAUAAGCAAAACGGCGGACACGGAGAAAAAAUACAAGUUGGAGGAUCGCCUGGGUGGAAUUCUGUGUUGCGCAGUUUGCCUGGACCUACCCAGGGCCGCCGUUUACCAGUGCUCCAACGGGCAUCUGAUGUGCGCCGGGUGUUUCACGCACGUCCUGGCCGAUGCAAGAUUACGCGACGAGCUGGCCACGUGCCCUUCGUGCCGCGUCGAGAUCAGCAAAACCUCGGCCACCCGGAAUUUGGCGGUGGAGAACGCCGUCAGCGAGCUGCCAUCCGAAUGCCAGUUUUGCAACAAGCAGUUCCCGAGGAACUCUUUGGAAAGGCACGAGGAUCACGAGUGCGAAGAACGCAUCUCCGGGUGCAAGUACAGUAGGAUCGGGUGCCCGUGGCGCGGGCCCGUGCACGAGCGCGCCGAGCACGAAAGCGAGUGCACGCACCCGAACCGCAAAGGCUCGGAGGUCAUAGAGGCCCUGGAGGUCAUGGACCAGCAGAUGUCCGAGGAAAGGAAGCUCUACGACACGAUUUUCGAUCUGCUGGGAUACGAGAAGAUCAUCUUUAACGAUUUGCAGCUGAAACCCUAUCGCACGGACGAAUUCGUGCACCGUUUGUUCUACGAGUCUUCGAGAUUUUCCGCUUUUAACAAUCAAUGGGUGGUCAAGGCCAGAAUAAAUAACAGUCAGAAGGAUCCCACGCAAAGUUCGGAUAGAGAGAUGACCUAUCAGUUGAUUUUGAAGUCGAAAUCGACGACCCCGUUAAAUUUGUCGUACAUCGUGCUUCGCGGUCCCGUCGGAGACAUCCACGUUAAGCCCAGGAUCCACGAGUUCGAAUUCACAGACGUCAACAACGAAAGUCCGUACGUGAACCUGCCCGUGCCGGAUACAGCCGAGUGCAACCGACUUUUGGCGGCGAAAACAAUAAAUUUCAGAUUAAUUAUGUUCUUGGCAUCCAAAUAAGUGAGAAGAAAUUUUAAUAUAUUAAUUUACAAAGAUUCAAUUUUAAGUUUUACAAUAAAUUAAUGUGCUAUAUAGAUUUUACAAAUACCUUCUUUAUUUUACUUGUUUUAAAGAUCUCUUUAGUUUUUAAGGUUUUUGUGGUCACAACACAAAGUAUUUCAUAUUUUUUUUAUUUUGCAUAUAGACAUAGGAGUAUUUAUUUUUAUUUUUCAAAUGAAUAUAUUAAUCAAUUUAUGAUGCCAUUUCUAUUUUUGUUUUGUUGAGUUUGAUGAAAGCUCAAAAAUUUUAUAUUUACUAUAAAUUUUUUAUAUACACAUGACAAAUGAUAUUUUGACUUUAUUUAUACAUAUUUUGACUUAGAUUAAGGGAUGGGUUAGAAUAA